AUGGAUGAUCAUCGAUUAAAUCUUGUUGCCUCCACAACUGAUUCAAUAGCUAACGUAGUCAAUACAUCAACAAAAGAAAAGAAUGAAGAAAUUACAUUAAUAUGGUUUGAUGAAAACACUAACAUAAAUACAGAUGAUGUGAUACAUAUAAAAGAAAUUCUUUGUGAAGUAAACGAUUAUGUUAUUUUCCAUGAACAAGAACAAAAAUGUAUUCAAUAUAUCGAAUCAAUGAAAGAUGAAAAAAUAUUUUUUGUUUGUACUGAUUUAUCUUCAACAAAUAUUUGA